GCAUAGCGGACUGCGUUGCCCGAACCGUAUUACCAAAGUAUUCGGUUUUGUACGUGAAAUGGGCAGCGGUGAAGUUUGUGAGAUUUGGCCGUCCAUCAUGGCGGACAGGAAAUAACAGAACAAGCUUAAGCUACGAGCAGGAACAUUCCACAGGAGCCGGUUAAUGCUGCUGUGGCAGCGACGGGGCAGAGCUAACAGGCUAUUCUGGAUCUCUGAUGGAUUCAUUCCUGUUAAAACGACCCAAAUUGAGAGGCAGCUGGCUCACGUGACACAUCCACAGAUUGCCUUUAAAAACCCCUCUCGCCCUGAUCUGACAGAUCUGAUCUAGAAGGUGAGGAGAAGAUUUCAACAUGUGGAUGUUUUGCAAAGCUAACUGUUUAUAGUUCACACUGGACCCAAGAACUCUCAUCUCUCAUACCAAAGCUAAGAUUUGCAUUUUACAGAGGACAAAAGUCAACAAAGAUGAGUCUGGGCGGCACUAGUACAGAAUCUGAUGUUUCAGAGGAUGAGUUGGAGGAUUGUCCUUUGGGUGAGGAUGACGACUGUGACAAUGAAAGCCCUGCAAAAAUGUGUUCAGGGCGCUUAAUGUCAUCCGGCCCCAGUGACACAGAGGACAUCAAAGCAGUUAAGAGGCGUGCUCGGCCCAAGCGGUCCAAAGCACGGAAAGUCGCCGCCAACGUCCGAGAGAGGAAGCGCAUCCUGGACUACAACCAGGCCUUCAACGCCUUGCGCACUGUCCUCAAACAUGACCUUAGCGGAAAGCGUCUCUCUAAGAUUGCCACUCUCCGCCGUGCCAUCCACCACAUUUCAACACUGUCUUUAUAUCUGCGGACACAUUCAGAUACUGAACCACACGCACCUCCGUGUACCCAAACGGAGUGUUACUGGCAGCCAGAAGAGAAUGUUUCUCUGCCCAGGAAGACAGGAACUUUCCAGGAACCGAUGGAGAACUACACUGCCCAUCAGCCAGAGCCUCUCAGAGUUUCUCAAGAGAUGCCUGGGAUUUUGUACCAGGACAUAUCAAACUCUGUGCCAUCUCCUCACUACAGCCACUGCGCAACCAACAGUCAGGUACACAUGAGCCAUGGAUGCUUCUGUCACCACUGGGUGGACCAAAGCAGUGAUUACAACAGUGGAGGAUGUGAACAUGGGACGAGGGUCACCUGUCAUCAGGACCAUAUGGACACUUAUGCAGACUCUGCUAACCCGUUUUUGGCUUGGCAGCUUGGUUACCUACAAUAUCACGGAUACCAGCAAUCCCUGAGUAUGCACUGA